AAUGGGAUUACAAGGAAGAGGGGAAGGAGACGACGCAGCAGUGGGAGGAUGAUUGGAAUGAUGACGAUGUCAAUGACGACUUCUCUCUGCAGCUGAGGAGAGAAUUGGAGACCAAUGCUGAGAGGAGCUAAUUUGUAAUGUGUUAUUAUUCUGUCAAAACAUUAUAUAUAGCUAUCUUUCUAUAAGACUAAUGUUACUCUUGAUGGUUAACAUUCUAUUUGUUCUUAGAAAACCUGAAAGAUUUUCUGUAUUACUACUUUU